UCGACGACGACGAAGUCCUACUAGCCGUUGUCUGCCGCUGUGCUCGACGGCAAGGCCCUUCCAGUCGCAGGGACGAUUUCGCUCGCUGACAAUCGUUGUCGCAGCUAUUGUAUUCCGCGCCAACAUCAUCGUCUCACAUGCAAUGGAAUGUUGAGAUGGGUUCAGUCGACAGCCCGAAAUUUGGACGGCUGCGGCAUUCUUCGUCGCUAUUUUGUAUGCAGAGCAUGUCACGGUAAUGUGACUAUAGCCGGCUCGCGUCGCGCCCUUGCAGAGCGGAAUUAUUCUCUUUCGACUCCCAGCACGCAUCUGUCGUCGGAUGUUUCGUCGAGCUCUCUUGUGUCCAGCGGUACUCUGCUUACACUAUAUCGUGAAGUCAAGCAAGCGCAUCAGGUUUCCUCUCUCAGUCACAGCCAGCUUAGCAAGCUCAUACGUUUGUAUGGAAAGCUCUCCACGGACUUGGAUGCUUCAGAACAAGGAGCAUCUUCAACCAUACAUAGGGAAUUCGUGCGCGAGGUUGCAUCGGACAUGGAGACGCUGGGGUACGAACUUGGUGAAGAGGAUCGGUGUUGGGUAUUACGGGGAUUGCUCGCGUCUUCCUCGACAGAUCCAACAUCUCUUUGGCUUGCAAGACACCAUUACGAGCAUCUUCGAAUGUCACCCAUCGACGUUAACCUGCAUCUCGCCUAUUACAGAACUCUUAUGUCCUCUGGAAAUCCACAGUCUGUAACGGAAGUGCUUCACCAUGUAUCCAUCAUAUUCGAAAGAUUUCCCAAUCCAGCGUCCGAGAUCAUAGAAUUUAUCUGGCCGAUAAUCCUGAACCAAGAUAUUCCUGACGUGGCCGGAGAGCAUGUUCUUAGCAUGGUUUGGACUCGAUUGACCCAGUUCAAGGGAGCCAAUUCACAUUUGAAGCGUGCACCGACUUUGGGUACCACCCGUGUCCUGGAUGCCCAUUCCCAAAGUUAUGGACCAGCAACAAUCAGUAUUGAGCACCUCGCCGUCGGGUUUGGGAUGGCAUUUCUCCCCCAUUUCUACGUGUCACUUCCGCUUUCCGUUCAACAGUGGGUUAGAGUCCAGGCGCAGAAUGUUUUUAACCCCCACAACGACACUUCAUGGAGAUGGAGGCAGUUGAAAAUCUUUCUUGUUCACUCAUCUAAAUCAGCCAAGACUCUUGGCCAGCACUUGAUUCCGUUGACGGAUAAGCCCGACGAUCCGGCACUAGGCUGGAGCACAGUGCUUGUGCUGGUUUCUCUAGAAACACUUGUGAAAGAUGGGAAAUGGCCGUCCUCACCAGUCAUACAAUCCACAGUGCGUAGGUUGUGGAGACUCUGGCAGUUGUCUGUGCAGGACAGCCCUCGGCCACAGUUCGUCGAACGGGCAGUCGUAGCCUCCUUCCUUCGACUGGGCGCUCACACAGCCGACCGAAGCCUCGUUGAUAUCUGUCGUCGCUAUAUCUUGUCUGAGGAUCUAUGGACGACACGGAAGGAUCACACUAGAGCUGAAAAGAUUCAGAUCAUCUCCCUCGCAGCGGACUUUGUGGUGUGCUACUUUCGGUCCAUCAGCCCUAGCUGGGACGAUGCACUGCGUGUCCUCAGUAUGGCCUUUGACGGACCGAAUGCGAGUGAUGUAUUAGAAGUGGUUUUUCGGAUGAUCAUGACCUCAGAUACCCUUAGCGCUUUUGCGUUGUAUCUCCAUUCUCAAGAAGCAGAUAUCACUUUGGCUCCCAGCAUUGUAUGUGCGCUCGGGUUCCUGAUGGCUCCUAUUCAGCCGGAACGUUCCAUACUUUUUCUUUACGACACUAGACUUCUCCGUCAGCGGCGUACACAGCUGCUAGAAGCCAUCAGUCGGUCCCUUUUUCGACAUGGCGUGUGCCAUUUAUCUGAAUCUUCCGCUGGUACCAUAGGCGAUCACCUUCUCCAUCUGCCAGAUUCGGAAUAUCCCUUUCUUCUUAUCAGACGGAAUCAAGGGCAUAUACAGCACACCCUUACUGUGAUAGGUCAAUCUGGAUACAGCAUGAAGGCCUUUGGCGCGGUUCAGCGCAUUCACCGUUCAAAUCCAGGGUUCUUCUCUAUGACCUUCCUUGCGGGUUUUGCCCAACUGUUGGUUCGGCGAAGGCGGUUCAAACUCGCAGUAGAUCUUUACAUGACAUUGCUUGGGACGGUCAGUGAUGCUGCGCAGCUUGAAAUACUUCGGCAGCGGCUGGUAUACAACAUCGCCCGGAAUGGCGGGACCUUGGUUGCGAGGACCAUCGCGAGAUCGACAUCGACCAAUAUUCGUGAACGAAUGGCAUCGCACUCUGGAUUCAGAUUAAGAGAUCCCCCUCGUUCUACAGCAAUGAACGUGUUUUCGACGCUACGCGAAACGCCCAGCGACGUUGCAAGCAUCAAGUUGGCUAUCUACAUCCUCACAAAAGCCAAACGCCCCGUCGCUGCACGAAACUUGUACGCCCGAUCACUUCAAUACCUGGAGGUUCCGGCGCGAACUCAUAUGGGAAACAUGAUCUUGCACCGCACAUUCCAGAGUUUUCGCGUGCGUAAUGCGCAGCUCGUACGGAAGGUAAUCGCCAACCGGGACUAUUUCGUGAAGCGCUAUGGCUUCGUAGAGGACCGGGUCACGCUCAACAUCAUCUUGAAAGCGGUUCUGCGUUGGACGACAGUCGUCGAUGCUGCCGCGGUGAGGAUGCUGUUUGAUGAGGUGGUGAGGCUGGGGUACCCGGUCGACGCGCGCUGGCUCCCACGAGAGGGGGAUGUACCAUUUUCAACGCCAUCCCAGUCGAGGAUUAGGUUCACGAUUCCGGAUUUGGAUGCAGAGAUUUCAUUCGAGAGGCAUGUAAGACCGAUGUAUAGGAUGUUCAUUACGGCAUUCUUUCAAAGAGACGAUGCGGAGGCUGCUAGAUUGGUGGUCGGAAUUUUAAAGACGGAGGUGGAAAAGAGGCGUGCGCCUAAAGGACGUAACAUUCGUACAUAAGUAUAAGAGUGAAUAUUUGUACACUGCUCUCAAACGAUACUGCGACUGUUUGUCAUGAAGCCUAUGCUGGCUUUGA